GUAAAAUGUUGCUGCAGAAUUAUUUUUUUUUUUUUUAGAAUUUAUAAUCAGGCUAUGAUUACACGACAACGACUGUUAAACUUUCUCAGCUAUGGUGCACAUGUCCUCUUCUUUGCUGUUACAUCAGCAUUGAUGCUUAUUUGUACAACAUUUAUGCUUCAUAGUGCCUGGACUUACGACAAGCUAUAUGUUUAUGACACUUGUCGACUUGUUGAUUAUAUUGAAACUGUUAUUCGUGUGGAAACAUUGGCUGGCAGUGUUGUGUUACUGUAUUGUUGCCGAAGUAUUCUGGAUUCUGUGCUGCUACUAAUUGCCGAAUAUGGUAGCCUUCUGCCGUGGAUACUUCAAAACAGCGCACAAUCGGUGAACGUUAGCCAAAAACUGUGUUUAUUCAUUUAA